UAAAGAGUCACAGAAUCACAGAAUCACAGUCCAUCCCCUUCUUUCUCUACAGUCCCCCUUUAGAUACUGAAAAGCCACUCUGAGGUCACCGCAAAGCCUUCUCUAAUCUGAAAACAACCCAAGCUCUCUCAGCCUUCAAACAGCGUUAAAAGAAAUACUGUUGCAUUAUGAGCUUCAAGAAUCUUUUUCUUGUGCUUUCACAUUUCCUAAAACUUCUAAGCAGGAAGCUUUAGUCCAAUUUUGAGUUACAUCUAAAGAGCAAUACCAAUAAAAACACCCCCAAGCCCCCAGACUGUCUUUGAUCUUCUGUGGUAUGGGCUUUCUAGGUUUCUAUAGCUGUAUCAGAAUGAUAGGAAAAAAAACCUUUAGAUUAUGGAAAGCCAUACAGUCACAGAAAAGGAAGUAUUAUGGCUAGACUAGGGGAAUGAGUCUCUUUCCACUAUACAAGCUUGACUGCAGCAUCGAUCAGUGCAAAUUGUUGAUCCCUCUGUAAGUGGUUUUGCUGUGAUUCUUAUUGCUGGCCUUGUGUGUGUGUGUUAAAAACUUAAAUUCACUAUGAGUCAAUGUUCCCUACAGAAAAUUGCACGUACUUGAUCUUAUUUCUAGUGAUCAAGAGGAGAAAGUCUUUGGCUUUGUUACAGGUUGCAAGUACAGAUGUUGCAUCCUCUACCCAUCAAUUACUGCUAUUCUUUCUGUUUUCCAGGAAAAUCAUUCUUAAGCUUACGGCAGUGUUGUUAAAUAGUUAACAGCUAGGUGUUGUUAAAUAGUUAACAGCUAAUGGGCCACAUAAUAUUAACAGCUUGAAUUUUUGUGCUGACGUAGAAUUGUUUGAGGUGAAAGUGACCUUUAAAGGCCAUCUAGUCUAACCCCCCUGUAAUAAACAGGGGUGGUACCUCUAGAUCCAGUUGCUCAGAGCCCUGUCCAGCUUGACUCUGUUUCUUGGGAUGUAGCAUCUACCACCUCUGAGGGAUCCUGUUCCAAUGCUUCACUGUGCUUACUGUAAAAAAAAAACAGCCUGUGAGGCAUUCCAUAUGUUUGAUUGUUUUUGUGCCCCUCCUCUGGAUGCUGUCCAACAGAUCCAUAUUUCUACUGUACUAAUGAUUCCCCGUCUGGACAUACGUGAGGUCUCACCAGCACAGAGAGGCAGGAUCACAUCCCUCAACCUGCUGAUAACACUUCUUUUGAGGCAGCCCAGGAUGUGGUUGGCUUUCUGGUCUGGUCUUUCUCAUGUCCAGCUUCCCAUCCACUGGUACCCCCAGGUCAUUUUAAGGUGUGCUCAAUCCUUUUGUCCUCACCUUGUACUGAUGGAAGAGUUGCCAUGACCCAGGUGCAAGACCUUUUCACGUGGAUUUCCUGAACCUCAUGAACUUCUCCUGGGCCUACUACUUGAGAUGAUCUCUGGAUGGCAUCCUGUCCCUCGGGCAUGUUGACCACACCAUAUAGCUUGAUAUCUGCAAACUUGGGGAGAGUGUGCUUGAUACCACCGUUGAUGUAAUUGAUGAAGAUAUUAAAGAGCUUCUGUCCAAGAACUGAUCCCUGAUGGACAUCACCUGUCCCUUCCCUCCAUCUGGACAUUGAGUUCUUGACCAUCACACUCUUAGUGCAGUGUUGCAGUCAGUUCCUUGUCCAUCACAGUCCACUCAUCAAAUCCAUGGAUUUCCAAUUUGGGACAAAGAUGCUGUGGGGGACCAUGUUGAAGGCCUUACUGAAGUUUGGAUAGGUGGCAGUGGUUCUUGUCCACUGAUGACAUUAUGCCACUGUGGAAAGCCACUAGCUUGGUCAGGGAGAACUUGCCCUUGGUGGAGCCAUGCUUGUUGUCUUUGAUCAUCUUCAAUGUGUCUAAGCGUAACUAGGACAGAUCAGUUAUCUUCCCAGACACCAGGCUGAGGCUGACAGGUAGUUCCCUGGGUCAUCCUUUCUACCAUUCUUAAAACUGGGUAAAAUAUUGCUUAUUUUCUUGUCACCAGGGACCUUACCUGACUGCCAUAACCUUUCAGAUAUCAAGAGUGGCUUGGCAACUGCAUCAGCCUGUUCCCUCCAGGCUCUCAGGUGCAUCUCACUGGGACCAGUAGACUUAUGGAUGUUCAGAUUCCUCUGGUGAUCACAAACUUGGUCUUUGUUUACAUUUCUGGUUCAGAUGAGAUCUUUCCUCUGGACAGACAAGGAGAAAAGUAGAGCCAGGCAUUGGAGAGAUGCUUUCAGAUUAAGAGAUGGGAAACAACAGAAUGCAGUCUUGCAACUUCUACAGUGAAUGCUGCUUAGAAAGCUAGAUUUUACACUGUUGUAUAAAAAAAACCCAAACAACCCAGUGUUGCUGCUUUCGUGCUAAACUUUCCCACCCAUAUCUGAGAAGACAUUAAGGAUGAUGGUUUCUCUUCUUUCCUGUUCAUCAGACUAGAGUGGUGGUGUCUGCCCUUCCUGGCUCCAUUAAUGGAAUGAGGUAUGUAUGGAUAUCUUCACAGGGGCAGCAGUGCAGACUUUUUUAAUUCCCAUUUUUUUUUACAUGUAAUAAAAUUGUUUUCUAUUUUCUUAGUUAAGUGGUUGUUGGGUGAAGCCAAGGGAAAAAGGAAACUUCACUUGGUUGUAAGGAGUAAAGAAGGGAGUCCACACAGCACUCUGAUGUGCACAUCUGUACCGUGGGAGGUGGAUCUGCUGCAUUUUCUUGCCUCUCUUUGGAGUCUGCCCUGUGAGUCUUAGCAAAGGCUGGUUAGCGAGGCUGCUCUUGUUUUCAAGGAGUGGAACAGCAUUUGUGACACAACUUGUGAUGUGCUUAAAUCCAGCAAUUGGAUUUGAAUUUUUGACUUAUUAAAGACUUUGGAUAUGGGCUAUUUCCAUCCCUAAAAUUCUGAACUAGAAUGUCCCUUGUCUUGUUUGAGCAGGGGUUGAACAAGAACGCCUCCAGAGAUCUGCUCCAUUCUCAGCUGUUCUGUGACUCUUUGAUGCUAUUGGAUGUUUUUCCAAACUGAGGAGAGAAUUCUAGGCCUUUGUCUUUCCAAAACAAUAUUUUUAAAUGGAUAUCGUGUUUUUCAAUGAAUAUUCUAUUUAAUCCUCUUACAGACAGGGAUAAUGCAAAUUCGCUGUGGAGAGAGCAGAAGAAUCUGCCUGAAGGCUCAGAGAAUGUACAAAUGCAUUUUUCCCCGUUGUUUCAAGAAAAAAAACAAAAAAAAAGCCUUUUUUUUUUGGAGGGGGGGAACUAUUUGAAUCCAGAUAUUCUCAUUACUGUGUCAACAUGGCUGAAUGAAUGUCUGGUUGUGGACUGAGCUGAGAUAGCUGAUCUAUGUUUCAUGCAAGCCCGAGGGUUGUCCCUUUACCAGCAAGGGUGGCUGAAAAACUUGUGAACCAGCUCUUGAACUGCCACAGUGUACAGGCUGGGCUGUUAAUGUUUGGUCAGCUGCCAACAACUACUGAGACCUCCUGAGGCUGAAUAGCUGUUGUUGGGUUGGCUAAGCUAUGGAAAGGGACAGAGCUAGAUGCAGAAGAUGGAAGGUAAACGCUUAAGCUGCUCUGGCAUAGCCUGAGCAGCAGCACCCUAAACUGCCCAUAGCAGUCAUAGUUCAGGUGAGGUCUUAUCAUGGCUGUGCAGCCUCUGGUCGGCUUUCUGUGGCUGAGGGAUACCAUUAUCCAGUAGUAUAGAGGAGUGCACCUCUCUUAUUCUCCUAGUUGAAACAGCACAUUUAUUUUCUGAUUUUUUUAAUUUUAUUUUAUUUUUUAUUUUUUUGACAAAUACACUUCAUUACAUCUAUAGUGUUUGGCCUUCACUUUUGAACUCUGAGCAUUUAUGUUUAUUCUUCACUUCUGUUCGCAUGGUGUUUAAUUCUACAUUUCAAUUCUACAUUCUAACUUUCCCUGAAAUGGCUCUUUCUCCCUUGAAUUCUGUUUCUGGCCUCAGUUAUUUGCCUGUUUAUAUAGGGAGAGUAGAUAUGUAUGUAAAUGGCUGUUGCCUUUGCCAUCGUAAUAUGAUCUUCAAAGGCUUGGACUGCAGUCACUUGGCUGCAUUCUUUACAUCAAACAUUUCUCUCAGCAAGCUGCUGCCAACAGAGUGCUGCAAGGGCCCAGUCCUGGUGAUUGCCUUCUGAUCCUGCUCGACUAACAGUGCUUGUACACAUGAAACUGCUUUCAAGUUUGAGUUGUGCAGUGCUUACAUAGUUACGUUUGUUCUACAAUUUUCUCAUUUUUAUUGAUGUCAUCUGGAAGUGAACAUCAGCUCUUAACAUCUUGUGACUGUUUGGUGUUGUUAAAAUGCAGAAGCUGAUAGUGAUGGAGGAAAGUUAGCCAGGUUCCAGCCCAAACUGACAACAGGGUGGUGUAGGAGAGGCUCUGCCCUUACUAAGGCAUUUCCUGAAUGUGAGGUACUGCUACCUCUGUGCUGCUGUAACAGUACUGCCAUCUUGUUUGUGCCCUUGCUGCCUGUUGAGCUACAGCCUCCGUGGAGGUGGGGAUGUGCUGGUUGAACAAAUUUUCUCCUCCAGAAGAGCAAAGGAUUGCUCUGUUAAUAGCACUCUUCCCUCAUCAACAAAGUUGCUGAUGAAGUGGUGGAGCUUGAAAUGGGAGCCCUGGUGGGAAGGAAGCUGCAUACCCCAGGGCUAGGAGAGGAGUCCUGGGAGGGAUCUUCCAUGAGAGGGAGAGGGCGUAUCGACUGGGGUUGCAACCUGCACCACAGCAUGAAAUCCUCAAUGGAGAGGGCCUGUACCUCUCUGAGAGCAAAUAAGAAAGCCAACAAACACACACAUGAUGCUAUCAGAGCUUUCUCUAGUUCCACAGUUGAAAAUCUUUCUGAUGUUCUGAUUUCUAUUUUGGGGAAUGUAUGAGGUGGUUCAGCUGAUUAAGAGGAAAAAUAGUUGUACAAGUGUUUAGAAGCUUUAAUGAAGGAUUUCUGAUCAUGUUUUUCUUCUUUUCACGCUGACACCAAAUGAUAUCAAAAGGACAGCUGAUCUAUUUCAAACAGGAAGCUGUUUACAGAUAACACUUGCAACUGUGUUGUCUGAUUUGUUGAACUGUCGAAAAGCAAACGGCAACCUCUUUCAAAUUAAAAACUGUCAGACUUCUGUAAACAGCAGCAAUGAGGUUCAUCUGUGCAGUGUCCCUGCAGGCACAGAGUGUUCUGCAGUUCCCAUCUUCUCAGCAACCGUAAGGAGUCAGUGACCUGUAAGUGCUCAUUAUGAAGAGAGAUCUGGUUUUCUUGGUGACUCUAAUUAGCCUUGCCUUCCUGUCACUGCUAAGGUCUGGAUAUCCUCAACAUAUUGCAGAGGAGUCCUGCUCUGUUCAGAUUCUUGUCCCAGGCCUCAAAGGAGAGGCUGGAGAAAAGGGGGAGAAAGGUGCUCCGGGUCGUCCAGGUAGAGUUGGCCCUCCAGGAGAAAAAGGAGAAAUGGGAGACAAAGGACAGAAAGGCAGCAUGGGGAGGCAUGGAAAAAUUGGUCCUAUUGGUUCAAAAGGUGAAAAGGGAGAUAACGGUGACAUAGGACCACCAGGUCCUAAUGGUGACCCAGGCAUCCCCUGUGAGUGUAGCCAGCUAAGGAAGGCUAUUGGUGAAAUGGAUAUCCAAGUGGCCCAGCUGACAACAGAACUAAAAUUCAUAAAAAAUGCACUGCCCUCCCCCGCAGCUGUUGCUGGUGUGCGUGAGACAGACAAUAAGAUUUACCUGCUGGUAAAGGAAGAAAAAAGAUACAAGGAAGCCCAGCUCUACUGCCAUGGAAGAGGAGGGACGCUGAGCAUGCCCAAGGAUGAGAAUGCCAACAAUCUGAUCGCCUCGUACAUCAACCAAGCCGGGCUCACCAGAGUUUUCAUUGGGAUUAAUGACCUAGAGAAAGAGGGAAAUUAUGUCUAUUCUGACCGUUCACCCAUGCAGACCUUCAACAAGUGGCGCAGUGGGGAGCCCAACAAUGCCUAUGAUGAGGAGGACUGUGUGGAGAUGGUGGCAUCUGGAGGGUGGAAUGAUGUUGCAUGUCAUAUUACCAUGUAUUUUGUGUGUGAAUUCGAUAAAGAAAAUGUGUAAGCUUGUCCGCUCUUUAUUGUAAGAAGUUUUUAAGCAGGUUGUAUAAGUUAGCCCAUGUUCAUAGAGUACAAAUAAUAUUUUACACGUAAGUCAUAUCAGUGUUGUACAGCUGUAAAUAUAACUUAGGUAUUUCAAAUAUCGUUAUUUACCCUUCAGAAGGGAAGAGCACUGAUGAGUAAGAUAUAGGUUGUUUUUUUUCUGUAGGAGAAUGUACGUACUUAGAGAAAACUGUUGUUUGGGGCUAAAUUCUACCCUCAAAGUGUUUAACACGCGAUUGCAUGACUGUAAGGGAAGGCAGAAUUUGGCUUUUAGUUUUUAGAGUGAUUAUUUCUGAAGGAAUGGAUUCUUAGUAUUCUUUUAUCUUAGCAAAUUUAAUAGUUAUAGAUGUUAAUUGCUUGUAGCACUACAGGGAUAUUCCAGCAAAAAGGUGAAUAAUUUGUAUACUCCAUUUAAUUAGCACAAAUAUUACUGUAAGUUUUUUUUGGAUGUAAAGGUGUUACAAGUCUAUUUCUUUUUUUUUUUUUUUUUUUAAUAGCCAAGCCUAGUUAAGAAAUCAAGAGUCCCACCAAUUUUGUACAGCUUGUUUAUUAAAAUAUAUAUCAUGAAGAGUUUUAGUGCUGGCAGAGGAUUCAAUACUGAAAGAGGGAUCCAUGCCAGAUGAGAGCACUGGGGUUGGGUAAAGGUAAAAGUAAGAUUUAGGUAUUUUGCUAUCUUUAGUUGGAAAUGAUUCAGUGAAUGAACUACUUAAGGCCCCAAAUAAUUUUUUUUAAGUGAAAGUGUUUCCCAUUUGUUAAAGAUAAUUUUGGUAUGUCGUGUUACAAAACAAACAAAAUACUGACCCUUCACAGUGUAAGGCAGACUACGUAAGUAGACAACAAAUCUUACAGAAGUGGUUUAGCUAAUCGUUUUGGCAGGACAACAGCCUGCAUGGUUACUCGGACUGUGGGAGUGACCUGAAAAGCAGCAAAAUUGUCCAAGAUUCUCCUGUUUAUGUAUAUAGCAAUAAUGUCAUUUUGCACAAAUAAUUUAUGUAACUCAAUUUACAAUUGCAUAUGAUGGAAAAUGUGAUGUAUAUUUUAAGAAGUCAAGAACAUAAUUUCGCAAAAAAAAAAAAAAGAUAAAUUACUUUGAAUCUUCCUAGAAGCCAGUUGCAUAACAUCUAAUUCUCACUGAAAUCAACUACGGUGCCAUGGUACAUAACCAGAGAUCAGGCAAUUCUGUUCAUAUCCACAGUCUAACAAUAUUUGAUGUGAUGCUAUUAUUAAAUACAUAAUAAAACAAGCUAUUUUGUCUGAUGUA